AUGCCUAUGCUCACGACCAUAGCGCUUCACAGAUUCGACUCUACACCAGAUGAAUUCCAGGCCAGGGGAGUCUAUGCCGCCAAUGCCAACCCCCACCGUGACCUCACCCCCCUCGACUACAGCAAACUCCCCGCUGAAUACCUCACGGCACUAGGUGGCACGACGCGCAUCACCAAAGGCUUCCCCAGGUUCAUCUGUGCAAAGGAACGCUGGAGCAAGAACAUCAAUCUGGCAAUGCUUCAAGCUGUUGACCUCGACAGAGGUAGAUGGCUUGCGUGCAUUAUCUGA